AUGUUCAGGAAUACAUUCCAGAGUGGGUUUUUAUCUAUACUAUUCAGUGUUGGGACAAAACCUCUGCAGAUUUGGGACAAAAAUGUUCGUAACGGUCAUAUCAAAAGAAUUACAGAUAAUGAAAUCCAGUCAUUGGUCUUGGAAUUAUUAGGAAGCAAUGUUUCAAACACUUAUAUAUCUUGUCCUGCAGAUCCUAGAAAAGCACUGGGCAUUAAAUUACCUUUCCUAGUGUUAAUUGUAAAAAAUCUCAAUAAGUACUUUACGUUUGAGAUUCAGAUCCUUGAUGACGAGGGUGUUAAGAGACGUUUUAGGGCCAGUAACUACCAGAGCACUACUCGAGUAAAGCCAUUUAUUUGCACCAUGCCUCUCCGUUUGGAAGCCAACUGGAAUAACAUUUACUUCAACGUUGCAGACUUUACAAAGCGUGCAUACGGGACUAAUUUCGUCGAGGUGCUGCGAGUUCAGAUUCACGCUAAUUGUCGAAUAAGACGUAUAUAUUUUUGUGACCGCCUCUAUUCGGACGAAGAGCUCCCUGCAGAGUUCAAAUUAUACCUCCCUGUUCAAGUAAACCGGAACACAUAG